ACAGCCCCUGAAGGCAGCAGCAGGAGCUCAUCUGUUGGACAGGGAAACUAAUCAGGAGCCAAGUAAAGACUUUUCAGCACUGCUAGCUUCAGUGCUAGCAAGAUUUUAAAGUCAGCCGUCCAGACGACUAACGAGUACAGACGUUGUUUAUGAAGUGCAGUGUCUCUUGUGUACUGUACACAACACUCGAGCUAUGUUUUAGAAACGCGGUUUUGUUGCGCUAAAAGUAGCAAGGCGGACAGCCUCUGGCCAGCUGGAGCUUGCGGCUAGCUCUUAAACGUUAGCUGGGAAAGAAGUGCAAGCGGAGGCAAGAAAAUGGAGCUGGACGACGUAGUCCUGUAUCAGGACGACUCCGGCAACUCUGCCAUGAUGUCCGAGCGGGUCUCAGGUCUGGCUAGCUCGAUAUACCGCGAGUUUGAACGGCUAAUCGAAAGAUACGACGAGGACGUAGUGAAGGAGCUGAUGCCGCUGGUCGUCGCCGUGCUGGAGAACUUGGACUCGGUGUUCGCUGUCAACCAGGAGCACGAAGUGGAGCUGGAGCUGCUGAAGGAGGACAACGAGCAACUGGUCACCCAGUAUGAACGAGAGAAAGCUCUGAGGAAACACACAGAGGAGAGGUACAUCGCCCUAGAAGACUCCCAGGAGGGCGAGAAGAAGGACCUCCAGUGUCGACUGGUGAUGCUGGAGUCGCACACGCGUCAGCUAGAGCUUAAAACGAAAAACUGUGCAGAUCACAUUAGCAGACUGGAGGAGAGAGAAGCGGAGCUCAAGAAGGAGUAUAAUACCCUUCAUCAGAGACACACAGAGAUGAUCCACAGCUACAUGGAGCACCUGGAGCGAACUAAACACCAGCACGCUGUCAUGGCAGCAGAGCCCUCAGAUGCAGGCACAUCCACCAGAACACGAAAGGAGCGUCCCAUCUCCAUGGGAAUAUUCCAGCUUCCUGGGAGUGAUGGUAUGACCCCUGAACUCCAGAGGGAACCUGUGGACACCCCUUCUGAGCCAUGGAGAUUCAACAACCUUAGCCAUCCACGAUCCAACACCAGCCUCAAGGAUGAAUUGGCAGGUUCAAACCGCGGAGGCUCAAAGUCCACGACUCCAACCACCCAGGGAAGCGUCUCCAAAAGUGGAACUCCUGUGUCUUUACAAGGUGGAGGUUCCAAAUCCAACACUUCUACGUCCUCUCAGGGUGGCACCUCUAAAUCAAACACCCCCACAUCUACAUGCAGCGCUAACUCUCAGUCCACCACACCACUGUCUCCUCAUGACGGAGCGUCCACUGGAUUGAGUCCUGUGUCCAGUCUGGGUGGAGCGUCUGCGUCGGCCACCCCCCUGUCUACUGCUGCUUCUGACGUUGCCAUGGAGUCUGUGGACACGCCCCUGCAGGAAGUCUCAGACGGGCUCAAUAAGAACCUGGACUGGAACAGCGGGAAACCAGACAGCAAUAAGAACAUUGCAGCAGUGCAGGGAGGACAGCAGGGAGGACAGCAGGGUCAGCUGGGACAUGAGGGUCAGGUCUCUGCUCUCCUCACAGAUGGAGCAGAGAACCUGGAGAAGUCUGAGGUUCAGGCCAUCAUAGAGUCCACUCCUGAGCUGGACAUGGACCUGGACGGCUGCAGAGGAACCAGCACACCAACUAAAGGCGGCAUCGAGAACCUGGCGUUUGACCGCAACACCGACUCUCUGUUUGAGGAGCUGUCGUCUGCAGGAAACGACCUGAUAGGAGACAUGGACGAAGGAGCCGACCUGCUGGGCAUGGGUCGGGAAGUCGAACAUCUUAUCCAUGAGAAUGCCCAGCUGCUGGAGACCAAAAAUGCUCUGAAUGUGGUGAAAAACGACCUGAUAGCGCAGAUGGACGAGCUGUCGUGUGAGAGGGAGGCUCUGCGAGGGGAGCUGGAUGCCGUCACUCAGGCCAAGACCAAACUGGAGGACAAGAACAAAGAAUUAGAGGAAGAAAUUAAGAAGCUUCGAGCAGAGAUUGAAGACACCAAACAGAAGGUCAAGAAUGACAAUGAGGACGAUAGCGACGUGCCCACAGCACAGAGGAAGCGCUUCACCAGAGUGGAGAUGGCCAGAGUCCUGAUGGAGAGGAACCAGUAUAAAGAGAGGCUGAUGGAGCUGCAGGAGGCUGUCAGAUGGACGGAGAUGAUCAGGGCAUCAAAGGAGAACCCGGCUCUACCAGAGAAGAAGAAAUCCAGCCUCUGGCAGUUGAUUUUCAGCCGUCUGUUCAGCUCGUCGGGCGGGGCGGCCAAGAAGCCGGCGGUGGAGGCUCCGGUGAACGUCAAGUACAAUGCACCCACCUCUCAGAUUCAGCCGUCCGUGAAGAAGAGGAGCAGCACCCUGCAGCAGCUGCCCAGUGACAAGAGCAAGGCCUUUGAUUUCCUCAAUGAGGAAGUGGCAGCUGAUAACGUGGUGUCCAGGCGGGAGCAGAAGAGGGCUCAGUACCAGCAGGUCAAAGCUCACGUCCAGAAGGAGGACGGCAGAGUGCAGGCUUACGGAUGGAGUCUGCCCAAGAAAUACAAAGCCAAUGGUGGUCAGGCCGAGAGUAAGAUGAAGAAUCUGCCUGUUCCUGUCUUCCUCAGACCACUGGAUGAGAAAGAUGCUUCCAUGAAGCUGUGGUGUGCUGCUGGUGUGAACCUCUCUGGAGGUAAAACCAGAGACGGAGGUUCUAUCGUAGGAGCCAGUGUGUUUUACAGCGAUGUGCCUGGACCAGAGAGCCCGAAAAGGAAAAUAGGAUCUCAGAGCAGCCUGGAUAAACUGGAUCAGGAACUCAAGGAUCAGCAGAAGGAGUUGCGUCAGCACGAUGAGUUGUCGUCGCUGGUUUGGAUCUGCACCAGCACCCAGUCCACCACUAAAGCUGUCGUCAUUGACGCCAACCAGCCUGGACACAUCCUGGAGAGCUUCUUUGUCUGUAACUCCCACGUCCUCUGCAUCGCCACUGUUCCAGGUGCAAGAGAGACAGACUACCCAGCUGGUGAGGAAGUAGCUCCAAAUUCUGAGACAGGACCAGCAGGGGAUGGUGGCUCACAGUCGACCAAUAGCAGCUCGGCAGGCGGCGACGGCGUGCUCGGAGGCAUCACCGUUGUUGGCUGUGAAGCUGAGGGAGCAGCUGCUAUUCCUCAGACUGCUGUCAGUUCAGGAGAAGGCGGAGAAAGUGAGUCCAGAGCAGCAGAGGAAGCCACCGAGGCCACAGAGGCCAGCGCGGGGCCUGCUGACCAAAGAGAAAGCCUGAGGGGAGUCUACACCGAGCACGUCUUCACGGACCCACUGGGAGCUCAGCAGACAGCGGAGGCUCCAGCCAACUACUCUCAGAGGGAGAGUGAUCUGCUGAAAGACGGUGUCAGCACAAACCCCAGCGCAGAGGAGCAGGACCUGAUGAGAGAAGAGGCUCAGAAAAUGAGCAGCGUUCAGCCCACCAUGUGGCUGGGAGCACAGAACGGAUGUGUGUACGUCCACUCCUCUGUGGCUCAGUGGAAGAAGUGCCUCCAUUCUAUAAAGCUGAAGGACUCUGUGCUCGGCAUUGUCCAUGUGAAAGGACGUGUCCUUGUGGGUCUGUCUGAUGGCACAUUAGCCAUUUUCCACAGAGGAGUAGAUGGACAGUGGGAUCUGACCAACUACCAUCUGUUAGAUUUGGGGAGACCACACCACUCCAUCCGCUGCAUGACUGUGGUACAUGACAAGGUGUGGUGUGGCUACAGGAAUAAGAUCUAUGUGGUGCAGCCUAAAGCCAUGAAGAUCGAGAAGUCAUUUGACGCUCACCCUCGUAAGGACAGCCAGGUGCGUCAGCUGGCCUGGGACGGUGAUGGUAUCUGGGUGUCCAUCAGACUGGACUCCACUCUUAGGCUGUUCCACGCUCACACCUUCCAACACCUGCAGGACGUGGACAUCGAGCCCUACGUCAGCAAGAUGCUGGGUACGGGGAAACUGGGCUUCUCAUUUGUGAGGAUCACAGCUCUCAUGGUGUCGUGUAAUCGUCUGUGGAUCGGCACAGGAAACGGAGUCAUCAUCUCCAUCCCUCUGACAGAGACAGCCAACAAGGUAACCAAGGCAACAAGUAGCCAUCCAGGAAGCGUGGUCCGUGUCUAUGGUGACGACAGCAGUGACAAGGUGACAGCUGGGACAUUUGUUCCAUACUGCUCCAUGGCUCACGCCCAGCUGUGUUUCCAUGGACACAGAGACGCCGUCAAGUUCUUCACCUCUGUCCCAGGUCACGCAGUUCCAUCUGCAUCCAGCGGAGUCGAGGCAGCAGGUGACAAGACGACAGAUGCCACAACUCAGGAAGGAACCAAGUCCAUGUUGGUGAUGAGCGGAGGAGAGGGCUACAUCGACUUUAGGAUGGGUGAUGAGGACGGCGAUGCGGAGGAGGGCGAGGAGCCCACCAUGAAAUUGCAGCCCUCCCUGGCGAAAGCCGAGCGCAGCCACCUCAUCGUCUGGCAGGUCCUCGCCAGCGAGGACUAAACUGUGACCUCACGUGAGGCCCGAAUUGCCUUUUCUGUCAAUCUCGCUGCCAGGGAGGAGGAGCUCAGGUGGUCGACUCCCCUCCGAAGGCGCGAGCUCAAUCAGCACUUUUUUCUUCCUCAGAUCUGAACAAAUACGAGUGAAACAAGCGAAAACUGCUCCGAGAGCGUCCUCAGUGUUGAUCUGAAUACUGAGCAAUUCAAACAGAUUUACACAAACUGCAUGUUUUAUUAUUUUCUCUUAUUUGUUUCCUUUUUUAAAAUGUUAUUUUAUGAAUUUCAGUCUGUUAUAAUGCCUCUUUCUCUUCUAAUAUCAUAUGAGGUAAAGCUGUUAUUGGAUACAGAACUUUUUGUUAUAUUUGCUCAGCAAAUACAAUGAAUUUUUCCUCCAGACAUUUCCAAGUUCCCUUCACUCAGUUUUCGCAUGCUCAUGCUGGACUUGACUAGAUGUUAAAUCAGUCGGUCUAAAAAAAAAAAAAAAAAACACUUGUGAGCUCCCCUGAUGCCCUUUAACCCUUUGAAACCUGGAGCGACAU